AUGGCGGCGGCGAAGAGUAAUUCCAAUGCUCCGCCGCCGACGACAAGCCCUAACAAAAGCAGUAAAGCAGCUGAAGAAGAAGAAGCCGUUAAAGAGCUGGAAGAGGAUCUACCCUGGAUUCAAGAGAAGGCCUUAGACCUGGUGGAGUUCACCGACUCUGUCACUCAAGCCAUUCCUGGACCCAGAGUUGGCACCAGCUCUCUCCCUUGGAUUUUGGCUCUUCCUCUCGAUUAUGCCAGUCUCACUUUUGUCAUCGCCGUUGUCAAGACCGUCAAAAAGUUCUCUUCCCCUCGACAUAAACGCAAGAAACUGGUCAAUAAAAAUGCUAUGCUAUGCAAAUCAAUAGACGAAAUGUUUCAGAAUGGCUCCGAACAAAUCAAGCUUGAUGCCCUGAAACAACUCGUGCAAAAGACAGGUUUUGGCAUGGAGGAGAUUUUGCGCAAGUACAUCCAUUAUACUUUGAAUGAAAAUCCAUUCAACCCAGAAAUGGUUUCCAAUUUAAUUCAGCUCAGGAAAGCUUCUUUGUUCGAUGAUUCUCAGGUGGCUGAAAUUCUAAAUGAAAUUUCAAGAAGAAUUGUGCAAGACAAAGGCCCAAUUGUAAUGGAUAUGGCAGGUUAUACUGAACGGGGUUUCAAAAGAAAAUUAGUUGUUCAAGCCCUAUUUGGAAAGGUGUUCUAUCUGUCAGAGAAACUACCUUGA